CUCUGUAUGUUGUCUAAUGCGGUACAAAUUUUGCGGUAUAUGUGGUGGGUUGUUGCUUUUUGAUAUAAAGUGUUUUUGAAGAUAUGCAGUUGAUAUUUAAAAUUUAUAGGCGCUAAAAUACUACUUGCUGGUUUCCAUUGGGCAAAUCAUACCGAAUUAUGGCUGGUGACACAAGUGUUAAAGUUGCAGUAAGAAUCCGUCCUCAGGUUUCACGGGAAAUCAUUGACAUGUGUCACAUUUGUACAUCGGUGUCUGCGGGAGAUCCUCAGGUCUGGUUGGGUAAAGAUAAGGCUUUUACAUUUGACAGCGUUUUUGACAUGCCAACUUUACAAGAAGAUGUCUAUAACACAUGUGUGAAGAACCUGAUAGAUGGAUGUUUUGAGGGAUAUAAUGCAACAGUCUUCGCCUAUGGCCAGACUGGUUCUGGAAAAACGUACACCAUGGGUACGGGCUUUGAUCUCAAUCUUAAUGCUGAGGAAAGAGGUAUUGUUCCACGAGCUGUUGAACAUUUGUUUAGGGUUAUUCAUGAACGACAGCAAGAAGCACGAGAAAAAGGAGAACCACCACCAGAAUUUAAAGUGACCACUCAGUUUAUGGAGCUUUAUAAUGAAGAAAUCAUUGAUUUACUGGAUGCAGCAAAAGAAUCUGAUGAAAGAAUGAAAAGGUCACACAUCAAGAUACACGAAGACUCCAAAGGAGAUAUUUAUACAGUAGGGGUGACUACACGUAAUGUUACUUCCCCAGAAGAGACUCUCCAGUAUUUAAAAGUAGGAGCCUUGUGUAGAACAACGGCUAGUACAAAUAUGAACGUUCAAUCAUCUCGUUCACAUGCCAUUUUUACAAUACAUGUUAAGCAGCAGCGUGUUGUCACUUUUGAACCUCAUUUAUCUCUCUCUUCUGAUGAGAGUACAGAGAUAUCAGCUCCAACUCAGAAUGGUGAGGUGAUGAAUGAAUUUGAAACACUAACAGCUAAGUUUCAUUUUGUGGAUCUGGCAGGCUCAGAGAGGCUAAAGAGAACAGGGGCAACUGGAGAUAGGGCUAAAGAAGGAAUCUCAAUCAACUGUGGACUUUUAGCUCUUGGAAAUGUCAUCUCGGCACUAGGGGACAAGUCACGUAAAGUCACUCAUGUUCCAUACAGAGAUUCUAAACUUACAAGGUUGCUUCAGGAUUCUUUAGGAGGAAAUAGUCAAACUUUGAUGAUAGCCUGUGUUUCUCCAUCUGACCGGGACUUUAUGGAAACCCUAAACACAUUGAAAUAUGCCAACAGAGCUAAAAAUAUCAAAAACAGGGUAAUGGUAAAUCAGGAUAAGUCUAGUCAAACAAUUACUCUGCUCCGUCGUGAAAUCCAGCAGCUUCAGUUAGAGCUAAUGGAGUAUAAACAGGGGAAGAGGAUUGUUGGAGAAGAUGGAACAGAACAAAUAAAUGAUAUGUUUCAUGAGAAUACAAUGUUGCAAACUGAGAACAAUAACUUGCGAACUCGUAUCAAAGCUUUACAAGAAACGGUAGAAAGACUGAAUGUGAGGAACUCUGAGUUGCUGGCAGAAAAGGAAAUGGGAACAUGGAUUACAUCAGGAGAGAGUUCAUCACAGCCAGAUAUUACAGGAAUGAUACAAGGCUAUCUCAGAGAGAUAGAAGAUCUCAGGGCUAAGUUAAUGGAGUCUGAAGGGAUGUGUACUCAGCUUCGGAGACGUGUCCAACGAUCACCAAUUCGUCAGCCGCUAAGUCCAACUUCAGUUGCUGUAUCUGUUGUAGGCCAAUAUGAUAUUGGAGUUGAUGCUGAGCCAACAUCUGUCUAUGAACUUUUAACUGAAGCAAAACGAGAUGUACAGAAGCUGAAAAAGAAAACCAAGGUUUUAAAAGAAACUGGGGAAAAAGAAAGCGGAGUAAGUGAUAACACUGUUGAAGAAGAUGGGGAGAAAGAAGAGAAAGAUGAAGAGAUUCAGGAUGGAAUUGAAGAAAAUGAAGAAGAUGAAAGUUCCGAGACAGAUACAGAGGAUACUGCACCAGAGGACUAUAAUGAAGAUUUGGCUGAUUUGACUUGUGAAAUAAGCAUCAAGCAAAAACUGAUUGAGGAGUUAGAGAACAGCCAACGUCGCUUACAAACAAUGAGACAGCAUUACGAAGAUAAACUGCAGCAGUUACAGAAUAAGAUUAAAGAUACAGAGCUAGAGAGAGACAGAGUUCUAGCAAACAUGACAAAGGGUAUAGGAGUGCAGUCACAUGAUAAAAUUAAAAAGGUACAAGAGGAAUUUGAGAAGAAAAUUGGUGCUCUUCAGAGUGAGUUAAAGAAGAUGCAAUCAGCAAAGAAGGAACAUGCGAACCUGAUGAAGAACCAAGUUCAAUAUGAACGACAGUUAAAACAGCUGCGACAAGAAGUUGUAGACAUGAAAAAGGCCAAGGUACGUUUAGUGAACAAAAUGAAAGAUGAAAGCCAGAAACAUAAGAUGCAAGAACAGCGUAAGAAUAAAGAGAUUGCACAACUAAGAAAGGAAGGUCGAAAGCAUGAAAACAAGAUUCGAACCCUAGAAGCAGAAAAACGAAUGAAAGAAAUUGUGUUACGUAGGAAACAGGAGGAGGUAUUAGUCCUAAGAAAAAGGAAUAAACCUAUGUCUGCUAAGGUUGCAGGAAAAAUUGGAUGGGCAAGGCAUUCAUCUGCUGUAAGAAGUCUUCCUUUUUCUCCGAAAGUAGCUAAGCAGAAGUGGCAGCAUCUAGAAAAGAGGAUCAUGAAGGUGGCUUUAAAUAAGCAGAGUGUCUCAAAUGUGGAACGAGAAAUGGAAAAAUGGUUGCAGGAAAGAGAGAAGCUUGGACAUUCUUUAGAAAAAGUCUGUAGAAAAAGAGACAGAGCAAUAUUGGAUGGAAAGGGAGAAAUAGUGAUCCGAGACCUAGAAGAUGAACUUGAAAACUUAAAGGCCAACAUUGAUUAUGUCCAUGAAAACAUCUCUGAAUGCCAGACAAGUAUCAUGCAAAUGGAGGAGUCCAAGGAGAGUGAUGACUUGGAUGAUUUAGAUGUAAACAGUGUCUUAGCCAAUUUACAGAUGGAUGAAGCAAGGUAUCUUUUACAGAAACUGCUGAACAUGGCUAUCAACCAGAGCUUCCAAGUAGCCCAGAAGGAAACCAUUGUGAAGGAGAUAGAAGCCAAACUAAAACAGGUGGUGAACAGUAAUGCUGUUCAGCAACAACUUCUGCAGCAUGUUUUACACCAAGCUAAUGAAGAACUAUACAAUUAUGUUAUGGCAACUGUAGAACCAGAUCAUUUAGAAAGUGUAGAGACAUCCCGAUCAAGUUCACCCUUAGAUAGGAGUCUAAGCCAGGAGUCUGAUGCAGUGAAUACAGACACGCUUGGGAGGAGAGAAAAGGUUCGGCGGCGAACAGCAACUACACAGGAAUUAUUGUAUCCAUUAAGUGCACAGGCUUCUAGUGAGUCUGUGGUGCUGUCCGUGCCUAUGAUAGAAGAAGAAUCAGAAAGCCUGUCAUCUUCUAUAAGACAGCAGGAGUUCACUUUUAGCUACUGGCAGAAAGAGAACAUGAUGACUCAAAGUGUCCUCAUGCCCCCUCCUCCACCCCCCGUUUCAGAGGAGAAAAGCAUACCUCGAGUAAUCAGUGCUCCUGGAUCCCUCAAAGAUAUGGCUGCCAAGUUUAAACAUGAUCCAUCUCCUGCUCUGAAACACAAGACGUAUGACAAAAUUCCUCCAGAAAUAUCACCCGCCAUUCGUCGUAAAAAUGCCAGUAAUACCUCUUCAACAUUGGUUCUACAGCAGAACUUUGUUGAAGCUAGCUCUCACCUCACCAUUCCCGAUUCUCCUCCUGUUGGCCGACGUCAGCCGGGAGACAACGUUUUCUCUCGGCUUACAAGUGGCACCACUACUAACAAUCGUAAACCUGAUAGAGGAUGUAUUAACCCUUAUACUGGUAGGCCCUUAAUGGGGAAAAAUGCUCCAUUGGUAUGCACUUAUGUAGCAGAAGGUCAUAGCAAAGCUGUCUUGUCUGUGGUAGCCACAGAUGAUGUGCUUUUUAGUAGUUCCAAAGAUCGCACAGUCAAAGUGUGGGAUCUCCAGACUUUAAAAGAGAUACAAACACUUGGUGGCCAUCCGAAUAAUGUAGUAAAAGUGCGCUAUUGUGAGUACAGUAGGCUAGCGUUCAGUGUUUCCACAGCAUUUGUUAAAGUUUGGGAUAUCCGAGAGAAGCCAGCACAUUGUGUGAAGACACUAAGUUCAUCUGGAUUAACCAUUACUGGACCAAUGCAGAUUAGCACCCCAUCCAGGACCAUACAGAUGCCUCAGGGUGAAACACAGAUAAAUGAUAUUUCUCUGAAUCAGUAUGGGACACUUUUGUUUUCUGCAGCAGGCAACAUUGUUCGAAUAUGGGACUUAAGAAUGUAUCAUACCAUAGGCAGAUUGACUGGAGGUCACCAAGCAGCAGUAAUGUGUCUAGCUGUUGAUGAUUUAGGAGAAGAUAACAAUGUUGUCAUUACUGGCUCAAAAGACCAUUAUAUAAAGGUAUUUGAAGUCAUGGAAGGUGCUAGUGGUGUCCUUACUCCUAAACUUAACCUUGAACCUCCCCACUAUGAUGGAAUCCAGUCACUUGCUAUCAAUGGUGACUAUCUAUUUUCUGGCUCACGAGACAUGUGCAUCAAGAAAUGGGAUCUCGGCGGCCAGUGUUUAGUGCAGUCACUGAACCAAGCUCAUAAAGACUGGAUAUGUGGUUUAAGCUUUCUUCCAAACAGUAACACCCUGGUGAGUUGUUGUCGUGGUGGGUUUAUGAAGUUGUGGUCUGGAGACAGUUGCCAGUUGUUAGCUGAAUUAAAAGCACACAGUGCUCCUAUUAAUGCAAUUGCAACCAAUUCAUCAUUUGUCUUCACAGCCUCAAAUGAUAGUACUGUGAGGUUGUGGCACUUGCGUACCUUGCCGGAAAUGAGUGAUUUUGAAGAUGAGAGACUUUAACAAAACAUGCAAAGAAUACCCCAAGCAAGAUUCAAUUACUAGAGAAGCUACUAAUUUUCCUGUGGGAACAAAGAAGAAUCUAAAGUUGCACUUGGCUUCUUCAAUAAAAGUCAAAGUGUAAAAUGUAUAAAUCAUGAUGAGGGAUGGUGUAAACCAAAUAGUGUGUGGGACUAGUGCAGUUAAACUGGACAUUAUUAUUUAAAAAAAGCAUUUGACUGUACAUAUGAAGAACAUAAUACACCUGUAUGAAAGAUGAUGUUUCUAUUUUUGUUUUCCUUUUAAAAAUGAGUGAAAAAAAAAAGUUCAUUUUUAAGAUUAUAUGAAGUGUGUGUGUGUUUAAGAAACGCUAUUGGUUUUCACACGUUCCAUAAAAAAAUUUACAUUAUAGUGGGAAUGUAACUGAGGGUUGUCUGGUAAGAAGCUACUUUUUCAAAUGUUUUAUUUCUUGCUUUAAGCUAUUACAGUUACGAUAAUGUGAAUUUCCAGAAUUUUAAGCAUUAACACUUUGUGUACACAAUAUUUCUUCAGAGUGGAUAUUUUGUUCCUAGCAUAGAAAAAUAAGCUAAAACUAAUGUAAUUAACAUACAUAGAAUUCUGAGGAGUUUGGCAAGAUAUUAUUCAUAUGUCCUCUGUUAUCAAUAUGAAAUUUAGGAAUAUUGAAAAGAGUAGGUCUUCAUGAUUUCCCUCUGGAAUAUAGACUUAAUUAUUUAAAAUUCCAAAUUCAGAAGCUGCAUUCUACUUUGCCUUAAAUUUGAAUACUAAGUAAUGCUAAUUUUUAACAAUUAAAUUUUUUUAAUUUUCUUUGAGAUAUAAGCUAUUGUUAUUCCCAAAACUUCAAAAUUAAAUUUCUGUUCUUAUGAAGCAGAAGACACAGUUUGAGUAUCAUAAAAUUCUAAUCACCAAUUUCUUGUAAUCUAUGGCAAAAUUAUAAUUUUUUACUAAUCCAUAGACUAGUUAGUGAAAUCAUUGGUUAAACUGACUAAAAGUCAGGGUUAAGAGUAAAAAUAUAAUUGAUAGUGUUUUCCUAUGAUUCUUUUUCCCUGAUGAUACGUUAACUCAGUUAAAACAAUUUUAUCUUGACCCUGAAAUUUAGCCAUGUUUAACUCUCAGUUUAUUGUAAAGAAUGUCUCAAGUUUCAUUGCACUUAUAUUUUUUGUGGUAAUACUAAAGGUAUUAACAAAUUUCAUGUUCAAACAAGAUAUGAUGUUAGAAGUUGUAGAUUUAUUUAAGUUACUUUGAAACUUUUUUUAUUGAGCAGGGUUCAAAUUUUCCAACACAAGCAAUUUUUACACAUGAUUGUACUAGCAGAAAAUGUUAUGAAAUUCCUUGGUGGUGGAAUUUCAUGAUAUUAUGGCCAGAAAUAUUGUUAACAGGAAGAUUACCCACCGAAUGAAACAAUUAAUUCUAAUCUUUUUUAAGUAGAAAUGUAAGAGAAGUUUAUGUAAUCAGCUAUACUAAUGGCCAGGUUGAUUUUUAAUUUUGCUUUUAGUACAUAGCUUGCUCUGAUUGAAAGUUAUUAUUAAUAAACUAAUACUUAAAUGACAAAAUUUCUGAGGGUAUUUUAGCAUAGCUACCAAUAAACAAAACAGUCAAAAAAGUACUUUCAAAGUAUAAAUGUAUUAUAAAAGCCAUCACCAAGUUUCCAAUAGUGAAAUGCAUAAUUCGUCCAAAUAUAUUUCCAGGACACAAUUUUAAGAGAAAUUGGAAUAAUACCAAUUAUUUCUGGCAACAAUAAAAAAAAAAAAAAUCUUUAAUCUUUCUUUGUUGCCCAUCAUAUCUUCAUAUUCAGCAAAUAUUUUAUUGCAAUAUAAGGUAUAGUUUCAGCUUGUGUAUUUUAGGAAUGAUACCAAAGUUUAUUUUUGAUGAUAACAAAUUUAUGAAUUAAGUAAAAGUAUUCAACAACAAUGUUCUAGCUGCAUAAAAAUUCAUGAAUCUUUAGCAUUUACAGUAAGAGCUUAUGUGCACUUUGCACAAUUUGAACUCUGUUCCUUCAUUUUAAAUCAAAUUCCAAAAACUUAGACUAAUGGUUUUGGUUAAUUUUAAGUAGGUAAUAGUCACUUAUCAGUAUCAGGUUUGGAUUAGGUGCACAAGUUUGAAGUUAAGAACACAUUCCAUGAUAUAGCAGUACAAUUUUUAAUAUGUUGCCUUAAAACAGUAAACAAAUUUAUAUUUGUAAGAAAAUAUUUGUUAAAAUAUAAACCGUUUUUUAUGUUUAAAUGUUCUUUUAACAUAUUCCAGGAAAUACCAAGUUUUUUAUUCCUUUUAUAGAUAUUUUAAAAUGGUUAAGAAAUAAAUCGAUAUCUGUAAAAAACAUUCCAGUCAUUCUUUGAAUAUAUGUGGC